CACACACACACAGCAGGAUUAGUGGCUUCUUAUUUAAAGAGUGUGUGAGUGUGUGUGAGUGUGUGAGUGAGUCUGAAGCAGCGGAGCAGGAUGCAGCAGAUCUACACAAACCAAGACGAACACUUGGAAGUUUUUACCACCGUCUUCUCCCCACAAGCCUGCAGGACCAGGGCGAGGACGCGGCACGUGGAGGGAGAGAAGGUGGUGGCGGUGCGGAGCUUCCAGGCCGGCUGGCCGGAGGAGCUGGCCCUGAGCCGGGGGGACGAGGUGCAAGUGGUGUUUAAGGACGACCAGUCCUGGUGGUUUGGACGUCUGGCCAACGGAGACCAAGGCUACUUCCCUGCGGCCUGCGUGGCCCCGGGGGCCCCGGGGGCCCAGAGCGGCGACUCGGCGAAAAAAGCAACUGGCCUCUCCAGGAGGGGCUCUGUACCGGUCGCCGUGGCAACUGUAGACGCCCCCUGUGGUCGUACAGGCUUCACUCCUCGGCUGCUGAGGAGGAACAGUCUGCGGCGGGCGCUCGGGCCAGACGCCUCCUCCUCUUCCUCCUCCUCCUCCUCGGCGGCGGCGGCGGCGGCCGGGGGGACGGGACCUCCUCACGGCUCGCCCAGCCUCCUGCACCGGGUCCUGACCAAGUCCAGGAGGAAGAGCUGCCCCCACCUGUCCCACCCGUCCCGGGACAGCGGCUCCACCAACGCCGCCUUCCAGCACGACUGACGGACGCCUCCUGUGUUUUCAUUUUGUUUUAUUUUAUUUUGUUGAAACCUUUAUUUAACUCGCCGAGCUCCCUCUGAGAUUCUGACCGAUAAUUCACCUUUCGGUUUUUUCACUCCGAGUCUGAUUUUUAAACUCAAAGUGAAAAACAAACGAGAGUCGGAGCCAAGUCGCCUGAUUUUGCUGCUUUCAAGUCCUCGUCAGAUUCUUGGAAGAAUCCAGAGGCUCCCACUUCCUGGUUUCUGAAAACAAACAAACAAACAAACAAACAAACAAACAAACAAACAAAAAGAGCGUUGCAUUCCUGUGUUGGACCUGGGACACGUGGAGGCUGUUCACGCUGCGUCAGGUUCAUCGUACACUCCGGUUUCCCAGCAGGACGUGCACCUGAACGCCACACGAGUAUUUCUAGGUGGUUCCCGUUGCCGUGGCAACAGCUGUAUUGUUCACUGAUGUCACCACGUUGGCAUUUUGUUUGAAUAACUUUAUUGAGGUUUCCACGGUGACAAAGGGGGAAGUUACAGUUCACACACAAAAUUAAUUAGAAUCAUCUGCUGCUCUUUAAAAACCAUCAGAAGCUGCUUCAGUUAAAAUGAGCUAAUUAGCUGCAGUCAGCUGAUCCUAACGAGCUGAGUUGUUGUUAAUAAAGUUACUGAAUAAGGUUCAACAA